GGCAGUAGUAGUAGGAAUAGUAGCAGUAGUAGCAGUAGUAAUAGCAAUAGUAGUAGUUGUGGUAGUAGUAUUAGUAUUUGCAAUAGUAGCAGUAGUAGUGGCAGUAGUAGAAGCAGUAGCAGUAGCAGUAGUAGUAGGAGUAGUCUUAGUAGUAGUAUUAGUAGUAGCAGUAGUAGUAGUAGUAGUAGUAGUAGCAAUAAAAGUAGUAGUAGUAGCAGUAGAAGCAGUAGUAGUAGUAGUAGUAGUAGUAGCAGCAGCAGCAGCAGUAGUAGCAGCAGCAGCAGUAGUAGUAGUAGUAUUAGCAAUAGUAGGAAGAGCAAUAGUAUCAGUAGGAAUAGCAGUAGUGGCAGUAGUAGUAGGAAUAGUAGCAGUAGCAGUAGUAGCAGUAAUAAUAGCAAUAGUAGUAGUCAUGGUAGUAGUAGUAGUAUUUGCAAUAGUAGCAGUAGUAGAAGCAGUAGAAGUAGCAGUAGCAGCAGUAGUAGUAGUAGUAGUAGUAGUAGUACUAGUAGUAGUAGUAGCAGCAGCAGUAGUAGCAGUAGUAGUAGUAGUAGUAAUAGCAAUAGUAUUAGCAAUAGUAGCAGUAGUAGUAGUAGUAGUUGCAGUAGUAGUAGUAGCAGUAGGAAUAGCAAUAGUAGCAGUAGUAGUAGUAGCAGUAGUAGUAGCAGUAGUAAUAGCAAUAGUAGUAGUAGUAGUAGUAGCAGUAGAAGUAGUAGUAGUAGCAGUAGCAGUAGAAGUAGUAGUAGUAGCAGUAGCAGUAGUAGAAGUAGUAAUAACAAUAGUAGUAGUCGUAGUAGUAGCAGUAGUAGUAGUCAUAGUAGUAGUAGUAACAUUAGCAAUAUUAGCAGUAGUAGUAGCAGUAGGAGUAGUAGUAGAAGUAGUAGUAGCAGUAGAAGUAUUAGUAGUAGUAGCAGUAGAAGUAGUAGUAGUAGUAGCAGUAGUAGUAGUAGUAGUAGCAGUAGUAGUAGUAAUAGUAGCAGUGGCAGUAGUAGCAGUAGUAAUAGCAAUAGUAGUAGUCGUAGUAGUAGCAGUAGUAGUAGUCAUAGUAGUAGUAGUAUUAUUAGCAAUAGUAGCAGUAGUAGUAGCAGAAGGAGUAGUAGUAGAAGUAGUAGUAGCAGUAGCAAUAGUAGCAGCAGCAGCAAUACUAGUAUUAGUAGCAACAGCAGCAGUAGUAGUAGAAGUAAAAACAAUAGUAGUAGUUGUAGCAGUAGUAGUAUUAGCAGAAGCAGCAGCAGUAGUAGA